AGCAGUGUAGAUCGUGUGGUGUACAGCUUGUAUAGAUUUUAAAUAACGUUUUUGAGCAUUAGUAAUAUUUAGGCAUCAAUAACCAGGCAUUUAAUAUAAAGCUUUUCGAACGACUGCAACGUUAUAGUGGCCACAGUUAGUCACACUAGUCGUCUAGCAACAUUUGGCCAGACUGCGCGUUAGCAAAGCAAACUGUUCCUUAUACUCAAAAGAGACACACAAAGGAAAUGCGGUCGAUUGGUUUGAAUAUAUUAAUGCUACCAGGAGAUGUCUAGAUGGCCUAGGGAGAUAACUGUUAUCUCCAGAUAGUUCGCAGCAGUCAAUAUUUCAAGCGCUGGUGUAACUAAGCCAGUGGAUCGGUCUUUGUUAAAACAGAAACAUCUCAGAUUUGUCUCGCGAUUCUGGAUUUGUCAGCCUUUUAAUAUUAUUUUAUCUGACAUUUUGUCCAUCUACAUUGCUAACUCGUCGAGGGCUUACCAGUCAUAUUAAUGCGGUUUGUCAUGUUAACUUAUGUACGAAGAAUGAAGCUGCCAUUAUGGCGAUAAUCGUAAAAAGAAAGAUGCCAAGAGGCUCAUAUCCUGAAAGAAAAAGAAGGUAGCUAACUGCGUGCUAGCUAACGUUUAGCGAAGUAGUCGCCUGGCUAGUGUUAGCUGUUCUGAAGAGGGCAGUUAUCUUUCACUUCUUUCCAGUGUCACAAGCGUUUAGUGGGAUUUGACUUGAUUGCUGUCGACUAUCUAAGAAGCUGACCUGUGUUGGCCCAAUUACGAUACCGUUACAGUGUUUGGAGUACGGUUUAGUUAGCAUUUGUCUGACAGGCUAAUUAGUUAGCUGAGCUAAAGCUAACAUAGUAGCUACCCAUUACAAAGUGACGCCAGCCAGCUCUUAUUACUGCUGAGUUUAAGUGACAGGAAGUGAACGAGGGGUGAUUGUUUUUCUUCGAAACUAACAAUGGCAACCCCCACAAACGAGGCCUUGUUUUUGAUAAAGGAUGUGAAGCCUGGGUCGAAAAAUUUGAAUAUUGUAUUCAUCGUUUUGGAAAUAGGACGAGUAACCAAAACGAAAGAUGGUCACGAGGUGCGCUCGUGCAAGGUGGCAGACAAGAGUGGGAGCAUUGCUAUCUCUGUUUGGGAUGAACUCGGCAGCCUUAUUCAGCCAGGGGACAUCAUCAAGCUGACCAGAGGCUAUGCAUCGAUAUGGAAAGGGUGCCUAACCCUAUACACUGGAAGAGGAGGGGAUCUACAGAAGAUUGGAGAGUUCUGCAUGGUGUAUUCAGAAGUGCCCAACUUCAGUGAACCAAACCCAGAGCUGCUAGCCCAACCGAACCAGCAAAACAAGUCUGGUAAACCAGACCAGAAUCAGAGGGGAAACUCUCCGCCCAACCAGAAUUCAGGUACACCUGCUCCACCAGGUAAUGGUGCCAUGCCGCCAUUUGCCAACAACAACCCACCUUCUGGGGCACCCCGUGACCCUGCGUUUGGGAAUGUUGGGAGACCCAACGGUCGGUCACCUGGCAAUGGAGCACCUCCUGCUUCUGGACCUCCUACAGCUGCAAAGUCCUCAGUUACCAUUAGCAACGGCAGGGACCCACGCCGUGCCAAAAGAUGAAAUUGGGGUUGGAGGGGGAAUUGUGGGGAAAAUUAUGGACAUCCUCAUUUCCCCUUCCCCCUUUUAAACCUUUCUGAGCCUUCCCGAUCACAGCCUCUAUUGGCUUUCAAAAUAAUGAAUUACAUUAGGGACUAUUUGCAUAAUUUUUAUACAGGCUAACAAAGUCAUAUGUGGUGUUUGUUAUGCGUAGUGCUCUCAGCAAGCAGCAAAGUGUGAUUGUGGUCUACCACUUGAUGCACUAGCAGGACUUCUUGUAUAGUCAAGCCUUGACUGUUGAAUUGUGGUCAGCCUUCUCAGUCUACACCCUUGUCCUCUAAAUCUCACUGCAAAUCGCCAGUUCUUUGCAAGUGUUACCUCCCCCACACACUGUCCUAACCCCCUUCCCUGUUCGAACUAUACACCCUACUUGAACACUCGAUGCACUUUCUUCUCUUAAUUUAUGUCGGGGCAAACUUGGCUGUCAUUUAAAUCAGGAAAUCAGUUUCUGCUUUUUAGUGGAAAAGGCCUUAAGUUAGUGAAAAUGAGUUCUUGGACUGAAUGCACAAGUGAAAUUCUUCAAAGGGUCUUCCCUCUCUUAACCAAACUGUAUCCGAAGUGACUCUGUGAAAGGAAAGGUGUAAGUUUUGAAUUUUUAGACUGUUUUUCCAUAAGACAUGUUCUUCUUGUUUGCCAUCAAUUGUACCUUCAUUGAGGUGGGACCACUUAAAUACUGGCAAAAAUGGUUCACCAAAUAAAUUUUACAGUAACUUUGCUGCCAUA